GUCAGUGGGUGCUAUAGACGCAGCUGCGGGUGCCGGCGAGGCACAGCACUAACAGCGGCUUCUGGACUGUGCGAUGAGUGGACGGUAACUUCAGAGUCUGCAAACAGAAAGAGAAGAUGAAGGAAGAUUGUCCACUCAGUUCUCAAGUGCCCAUCAGUGACAGCAAGUCCAUUCUAAAGUCGGAGCUGUUAAGCCUUCUGAAAACCUACAACUGCUACCAUGAGGGCAGAAGCUUUCAGCUGAGACACCGAGAGGAAGAAGGAGCUCUGAUCAUCGAGGGACUCCUCAACAUUGCCUGGGGACUGAGGAGGCCUAUCAGGCUCCAGAUGCAGGAUGAUAGGGAGCGAGUGCAUCUCUCCACAGCCUCCUGGAUGCCCGGACGGCCCAGCUGUCACUCAAGGGAGCAACCUCUUCAGGAUGGCAGUGUAACUGCCCUGGAGCCGAACAUUCAGUCCACCAAGCACAGGGCUGAGAGUUCCAGAGACAGCUCAGAGGCCCUGGAGGAGGAUGAGGGGACCCCACAGCUGAUGCGGACCAAGAGUGAUGCAGCAUGUGAGAUCCAGAGGAGGCCCAGGUGCCGCACACCCAGCGAGGCCCAGAGAGUCCGGCGACACCGGUUCUCCAUCAAUGGGCACUUUUAUGAUCACAAGACCUCCGUGUUUACCCCUGCAUAUGGAUCCGUUACCAACGUGAGGGUCAACAGCACCAUGACUACCCUUCAGGUGCUUACCCUGCUGCUGAACAAGUUCCGAGUGGAAAAUGGCCCCAGUGAGUUUGCACUCUAUGUCGUACAUGAGUCUGGGGAAAGGACAAAAUUAAAAGACUGUGAGUACCCACUGAUUUCCAGAAUCCUGCACGGGCCAUGUGAGAAGAUCGCCAGAAUAUUCCUGAUGGAGGCCGACUUGGGCGAGGAAGUUCCCCAUGAUGUCGCUCAGUACAUUAAGUUUGAAAUGCCGGUGCUGGACAGUUUUGUUGAAAAAUUAAAAGAAGAGGAGGAAAGAGAAAUAAUCAAACUGACAAUGAAGUUCCAAACCCUGCGUCUGACAAUGCUGCAGCGCCUGGAGCAGCUGGUAGAGGCCAAGUAGCCAGCCAGUGCCUGCUACUUCCAAAGCCACAAGCAGCCAGUGCAUAAUGAGUUUCGGUGGCCAGGCCCUGAUUGGUCACACUGAUUGAUGGUCACUGCCUGAGGAAUUCAGCAACCAUGCUUCCACAUGUCUACCUGUCUAUGUACCAUGAGUCUCAUGCCCCUGGUUCUUGGCUCCAAGGUGAGCAUUCACAGGACCCAGACACAGGCCUAAAUAGUAGGAACUUGCUGGGUGAGGUCUGCAUGAGCAGCUGGUCUGGGCAGUAAGCAGGCCUGAAGAUGGCACCAGCCACAUUCUGUGGCUGGAUGGCAUGGUCUGUCCUGUUCAAGGCCACGCUUCUGCUUGGAAUAGCAGUACCUAACCAAGCCCCUGGGCAUGGCCUCCAUUUGCUUUCCCAGUGCCUGACUCAGAGCUCAUGAAGGGCCACAGCUCGUUUCCUCAUCAUCCACAUGAACCGCGAGAACCCUGUCUACCUUUACCUUGUGCUGCCAUUCAAGAACUCUGCUAGGAAAAACAGGGGCUACCAGCAGGUAUGGGAUGUGUCCUGCUCCCAACCAUCACUUCACCAUGGUAUCCCUGGUCCCUGGCCUUCACAUCUCUGAUGUCACCCCAAAAGCCUCACACAGCCCAGUGCCCCAGGUCCAGAAGUCAUACAGGGAAUAAGAUUAAGGGCACCUCUUCUUCUCUCUGAGCACUAAGUCUGAACUUCCUCAGCAAGACCUGAGGAAUUCUUAUAAAGAACUUGCUGCAAAAACAUGCCAAUUUGAUCACAUGGAAGAAGUGGCCCACAUGACAUUGGAAGGAUGACACCACACAUAAGCAAGAGUCCAGGAUCCAGGGACUGUUAAAUAGUGGCUCGUGAAGGCAGUACUCGGUUCCCAUCUCCACUGUCCCUCUCUGGGCUUGUGUCCCUCUGCUCUCAAUGCUUCCCACAAGAAAGGGGUUGGAUAAAGAGAAAUGUCAGUUUGAGGAGAAAGGGCUUUGAAUUCCCUGGGGCCAGAUACUGAAUUAUUUGGAUUUGUCAUCUGGGAGAGAAUUUCUGGAAUGAACAAGAGGGCUUUUGCAAAACUAUGCAACAGUUUACAUCAGUCAUGUUAAGUGUCAGCAAGCUGAAGACCAAAUUCUCCCUCUGGGGCCUGCGGAUGGCAGCCUUAAAGGAAAGAACCAUAAAGACUCCCAAAUAUAGGUGAGAAUUCAUCUCCCUUUCAUGCAAUGGAUCCUCACCAGUGCACAUAAAGAGCAGAGCUUGGGAGCAGCCAUGCCAUGCAGACCCACUUUUGGGGGUGAACUUCACACCAGGAUGUUCCCCCAUAGCUUCAUGGUCACAGAGGCACCCAGAAAGGUGCCCAGGGUGACCCACUGCAGUUUCUGUUGACUGCUCUCCUUUAGCAGCAGUUUCCUAGGUGCUCAAUAAAGGUGUACUGUACCAAACCAAA